GGAAAAAUGCCUUUUCUCGAUCCCCACUAAUUUGUUAUCUUUUUUCUUCUUCACUUGCAUUUUCAGCUCACUAUGAAGUUUGGCAAAACAUUAUUAGCUAAUCAAAUACCAGAAUGGUCAAGAAAUUACAUUGCUUAUAAAUCUUUGAAGAAAGAUAUCAAGCAAGCGUCGACGCAUCUACCGCCGCCUGAAGAAGAAGUCACUGGGAUUUUUUUCAAACUAGACAGAGAGCUGGAGAAGAUCGACACCUUUUUCGCUCAUAAACAAGCAUUGAUCCGUCGAAGACUAUGGAUUCUGCAAGAAAAAUAUGAAAACUCAAUAAGUGAGAAUGACGAACUGUUGUCAGCUUUAAAGGAAACCAAAAACCAAAUGAACAAAUUGAUGUGGUUUGCGGAAAUGAAUUCGAAAGGUUUCCGCAAAAUACUCAAGAAGCUGGAUAAAAAGUUGCAAUUGGACACUCAAAAUGCCUACUGGGAAACAAAGGUUGCUGUUCUACCAUUUGCUGUGCCAAGUCAGCUACGUCAGGAACUGGACCAAGUGCAGAAAUGGAUUUCAGAACUGUCUUUAUCGGUUCAGCAAAACAGUGAGCUGUUAGUAAGCAGCAAUAACAGCAAAUCAAACCUGAAGCUAGCACGUUACUCUUCAAAGAAUGAGGAUAUAACGAAAGCCAUUCUUGAAGACAACAAAGAAGAAUUGGAACUUCUAUUAAAAGAGGGCACGAGAACGAAUGAUACUAUUUUGGAGCUGGCUGUGCAACAUGAAUCAACCAAAUGCCUGUCCUAUCUUGUGAAAAAUUUAGGAUUGUCACUAAAAAACAAUCGCGACAUUAACGAACGAAAUCUGUUACACCGUUUAUGUAUACAGCCUCCUUCGUCUAUGGCCAUUGUGGAAUGCUUACUUGAUCUGGAACCCUCACUACCUUUACAGCGUGACUUUGCCUGUAGAAGACCGUUACAUUAUGCCGCUGAAGCCAACAUUGCAGACCUGAUUCAAAUAUUGAUGCGCCAUGCAAUCAAACAAGGCUAUUAUACCAUAGAAGAGGGCUUUUCUGUUGCGGAUUGGCAGGAUCGUGAGGGUUACACUCCUUUAUUCUUCGGUAUUCUUCAUGGAAGCACAAGUGCAGUCAAGGAAAUGAUUGACUUGGGCCAAGUAAAAGAUAUUGAUCAAGCCAUGGCAUCCUGCGCCCAAAAAUCAUCACAUGCUUUAUCGGAUGUCGCAACUAUGCCAAACUUCUUGAAUAAUGAUGUCGUGGAUGGGAGCUCGGAAGUAUUGCCUGAAUUUGCUCGUACCUUUUACCAUCCAUCUUCAGUUGCUAUUGCAUGCAGAUUAGGUAACUUGGAUCUGUUGAAGCUACUUAUAUCGAAAGGUGCUUCGCCUGAGAUUGCCGAUGAGGAUGGUGAAACACCUCUCUUGUUUGCAAUAAGACGCUAUUUCAAAGAUGGUGUGAAGGUUUUGAUUCAGGAAGGCCAUGUGGAUAUCAACGUGUCUGAAAAGAUUAAUGGCUGGACCCCUUUGAUGAUUGCCGCUGCUGAAGGUUUCAAAGAUAUUGUGGAGAUACUCUUGAAAGCGAAUGCAAACAAGGGGAAAUUAGACAACGAUGGCUGGACAGCCUCUGAUCAUGCUGUCUUCCGCGGUUAUUUGGAUAUUGCUCAUUUAUUAAAGUCUCAAAAUAGCUUUCAAAAUAUACAAAGUAAGGUGCUCGACAGUAGUAAAGCAAGCAGUACAAAUUCUUCCACGACCAGUACACCCUCAACUGCUAAUAAAAAAGAAGCCAUCACCAACAACAGCAGUACAUGCUCCGGUACAUGCUCCGUGUCUGAUGAAGAUAACAAUAGUGAUUCGUCCCGCGGAUCCAUAUCUCCUAACAACAACAGUAACAAAAAGAAAAACUCAAAAUCAGUUUCGAAAGCCAGUCGUUUGUAUGGUCAUAAAUACCUUACGGAUUCGUGCAUGAUCAUCAUCACACUUGGCUCCAACGAUAUCAGAAAUCCAGUAUCUCAGAAAUUCAUUGAUCUUGCAGAAAAAUUCACAAGCGAAGAUCCACAAAGAAGGCUAUCAUUGUCUGUUACAGCUACACAUGCCUCGGGCGAAUGUCCAAUUAUUGAUCUGCCUUCGGAUUUUACCUACCAACGUUUCUACCCAGAUCCCAUUGUUCUUUUCUCGCCUAAACCUGAAGAAGUCAGACUACGCUUUGACCUUAUCGAAACAUUUGGUCCCUCUCGCGAUACCAAUGUUCUGGCACGAGGCACAGCUAUAUUGGCGGGUGAUUUUAUUUUUACCAAAUCGAAAGGCUACAAAGGCCCAGUGGAAAAGGGCUCUUUACGUGGAGCUCAAACUGUUCCGUUGGUUCAAGCAAAGGAUCUAGAUUGUAUUGGCACAUUAGGUUUUGAGUAUUUUGUGAUCACACCGUUCCACAACAAACAUAUGCGAAUUGGUGAUCGUUAUACUUACUAUAAAUCUGUCGAUACGAAGGUGAUUGGACAUCGUGGUUCUGGAAUGAACCGAAAGGGAUCUAAAUUGCAAGUUGGCGAAAAUACAGUAUUAUCAUUUAUUACAGCUGCUUCCCUGGGCGCCGAGUACGUAGAGUUCGAUGUACAACUAACAAAAGAUCUGGUUCCUGUCAUCUAUCACGAUUGGACUGUGACCGAAACAGGAUAUGAUAUUCCUCUGAAUGCAAUUACUUCUGAGCAAUUCCUCAACUUGAGACGUUCCGGUCAAAUUAAGGAAUACCAUACUGGUAUCAGCGGCGAAAAGGCUAUUAUCCUACCUACCACCAACGCUGCGGAUGAUUUAUCGACCAUUUUAACAAAACAGUUACCUCCUUUGCCUGUACCUUAUUUGCAUCAUCCGCAAGCUCAAAGGGUUGUAAACGGCAAUGGCUCUCUCACACCCUCCCGUACAAGCCGUUCUCAUUCGUUCAGUGCCGGUAGUCCUCGUUCAGAACUCAGUACAAACCCAUUCGAAUUGACUCGAACGUCUAAAUCAGGAAAAAUCAAGGGCAAUGGACCUGAAACAAUCCAGGGUCCUUUCACUACGCUAGCCGAAACAUUACGCAGUGUACCAAAGCCCACUGGCUUUAACAUUGAAGUGAAAUACCCCAUGAUUGACGAGGCUGAGCAAGAUGAAUUGACUCAGUUUCAAGAACUCAAUAUAUAUGUGGAUACUAUUUUAGAUUGUGUUUAUAACAAUGUAGAGGAAGAUCGACACGUUAUCUUUUCCUCAUUCCACCCUGAGAUCUGUUUAGCUCUCAAUCUGAAGCAACCUAAUUACCCGGUAUUCUUCUUGACUGAUGCUGGCACAUUACCGAUGGCUGAUAUGCGAUGUAAUUCUUUACAAGGGGCUCUUCGCUUUGCUAGACAAGCUGAUCUGCUGGGUAUUGUAGCUGCUAGUGAACCGAUCCUUAUGGCGCCACAUAUGGUUCAGGUGAUUAAAGAAUGUGGACUGUUGUUGUUUACGUAUGGUGUAUUAAACAAUGAAGUUGAGAAUGCAGUUGCUCAAAAGUAUUAUGGAGUUGAUGCUGUCAUUGUCGAUUCUGUGCUUCCUGUAAGAAAGGGCUUACGGGGAGACUAAGUGCAUCGAUGAUAGACAUAUUUUAGACGCAUGGAAGGCGGCCAGGCCUUAUUUUCGGAUAUUCUAAUUAUUGACAAUUCUUGCUAGCAUAUUUAUAUUUCCGGACAUUGCUUGAAGCAAAAGUGUCCAAAUGUUUCCUGAAGUUUAUGUUCCUCAAAAAGCAAUAAAGAACAGCAUUAUUGAAAUUCUAUUAACCUG